AUGCCUCGUCAGCGCAAGCUGAGACUCGAAGAUCCCUUACGGUGCAAACUCGUCAUCGUUGGGUGUGGAGGAGUUGGGAAGACGUCGCUGUUGUGUACCUACGCGAGGGGAGAGUUUCCGGAGCCUUAUGUCGCAGCUAGCUUUGACGGCUACGUCGCGGAUGUCGAGCUUCCUUUGGAUUCUAUACCGGGUCUUAAUUUGGAGGUUUGGGAGAGGAAGCCUGGGUGGUUGAGACGGGUUAAAGAGUGUUUUUCCUCGACUUUCAGGAGGAUUCAGAGUCUGAACGAGGAAGGUGGUUUGAAUGACCUGGGUCUGAACGUCCUGAACGUCGAGAUGGCGCUAUGGGACACAGCUGGAAGCGACGACUACGACCGGCUCCGGCCUCUAUCCUACCUCGACGCGCAUGUGUUUUUGGGUGAAGCAACGGCCCAACGAAUCAACGCCCUGCACUACUUUGAAGUCUCGGCAAAACGGGAUGGGGUGGAAGGGAUUGGGGAGGUGUUUGUGACUGCUGCGAAGGAAGCUGUACGAUUCCGGUUGAAGUUGGUUGAGGAGGAGAGGAGGGGGAGGAGGGAAGGGUUGAAUAGGGUGUCUGGCGGGGGAUAA